AUGUUCAAAUUAUCUACAUAUUUGGCAAUUAUGCUACUUGUACAUUCUACCUUGAUCAAAGGAACUGAAUCUGUUAAAUGUUACAAGUGUGAUAACUGUGCGAUUGUAAAUCCUAGUACACCAACAGCUACAGAUUGUGGAAUAUGCAUGACACAAUUUCAAAAAUCGGGUGUAGUCAACAGGUUUUGUGCACGUGACAAUAAGGAAUUGCCUCCCGGUGCUCAACCAUCAGAUGUUAUCAGAUUUUGUAGCAAUGAUUUGUGUAACAGUUUACAAAAGCCGAACAAGAACUCUCAAGAUGGUAAUACAAAGUGUUAUAAAUGCGAUAAUUGUCGCACUGUGGGAAGUGAUACAACCGUAGCUUCGAAUUGUGGCGCCUGUUUAACACAAUUCCAGAAAUCUGGAGUGAUCAAUCGAUACUGUGUACGUGAUUCCAGGGAAUUGCCUGCAAAUCACCAAAGAUCAGAUACACUUGUCUACUGUCAUUCAGAUACAUGUAAUAGUCUUUUAGAACCACCAAAAAAUUCUCAGUGUCAAUUACUGCCAAGAGGUCAUGUUUAUGCGACAACUAUUUUGGUGACAGCCUAUCUGGUUAUCUUACGCUUUUGAGAUGAGCUAAUUAAAGUUUAUAGAACAAAAGCUUACAGUUUAUAAGUAAAACUUAAUUACUUGUCCAGUCUGACUUUUCUCAAUUUCACAGUUUACUGUUCAACUAAAUAAGAACAUAGUUUAUACUAACAGGUAACUUUUAUUACAUUCUUUCUCUCCAUUAACACUUGAAUAAUUAAAUACCUUCACUUAUUUACUAUUACUCAAUAACAUGCUUGUACAUUAGGCUUUUGAGGCAUACUAUGUCUAUUGUUAUACUUUUCAAUAUUGUUUUUAAGUAUGGAUA